AUUCGAACAUCAGUUCCAUCAAAUCAAAGAACAUCCACCAUAGUAUCGAAAUUGAGUAGUCUAUGAUUACCUUUGUCAAUUUGUCUGAUCCAUUCUUACAGAAAUCAAAAGAUGCUUCUGUGUCCAAUCGCUUCUUGACUCUCGAUCAAAUUCAAAGGAUUGCCUUUGGACUUUCGAGUUUAUCUGCUCAAUCAUCUGUCCAAAAAUUUUUCAAUGAUUUUCAAUUCUCUUCUUCUGUUCCUCCAUUUGAGCGCCGAUCCUCUUAUUCUGUUCCAACAUCCGAAGUGUGAUUGUCUUUUGUUGAUCGAUCAGUGUUUCUAGGGUUUCUUUGAUGGACGACAUCACUGCAGAUCAUCUUCCUUCUCCUUAGCUUGAUAGCGCCAGAUCGUAAUGCUUUGAUACCACUAAUGCAUGCAAGUAGACUUCUCAGGAAUGAGAAAGAGGGCCUCGAGGCUCUGUAACGGGAAUGGUUAGAGAAGAUGGAUAGAAGGUAGAGAGAGAGAUAAAGUUGAGAAAAUAUUAUUCUGAGUACUCAAUCAAAGGAUAGGUGCCAU